UGUUUUCUGUCAAUGUCGAAUUAUUGUUGGAUUUGCCCAAACUAAAAUUCGCAACUAUUUAUAUUUAUUUAAUUUUAAGAACACUAAAAAUGGGCUUGUUUGGUAAAUCACCGGAGCGAAAUCCGAAAGAAAUGGUAAAUGAGUGGUCUCAUAAACUUCGUAAAGAAGGCUAUAAUUUGGAUAGACAAAUAAGAGCUAUACAAAGGGAAGAGGAAAAAAUUAAAAGAUCUUUAAAGGAGGCUGCGGGCAAAAAUGAUAAGCAAGUGUGUACAAUAUUAGCAAAGGAAAUAAUUAGAUCAAGGAAAGCAAUAAGUAAAAUAUACACAAGUAAAGCCCAUCUCAACUCUGUUCAGAUGCAGAUGAAAAACCAAUUAGCCACAUUAAGGAUAGCUGGAUCAUUGCAGAAGUCAACUGAGGUGAUGCAAGCAAUGCAAGCUCUAAUAAGAUUACCUGAAGUGGCACAGACCAUGCAGGAGUUGAGCAAGGAGAUGAUGCGUGCAGGUAUCAUUGAGGAAAUGCUUGAUGAGACCAUGUCCGCUGUGGAGGAUGAAGAGGAAAUGGAGGAAGCUGCACAGAGUGAAGUUGAUAAGGUGUUGUGGGAGCUAACACAAGGCAAGCUGGGAGAAGCACCGGCACCGCCUAGCGCGGUCGGCGCGCCCUCCACCAGCCGCGAGCCAGCCGUGCCCGACGAGACCGAGCUGGAUGAGAUGCAGUCCCGCCUUGAAUCACUACGCUCCUAGCCAUGUAUGAUGCCCAGGAUGGCAACAUUGAGACCCACAGAGGUACGCAACGCCUUAAUUUGUGUAAAUAUUUGUUACGAUUUAAUAAGAACAAAUUCAAUUAAACUUGUUAUGUGAAUGCUUGUCUAUUUUUGUCAGCUUUAUAUUUUCGAAUAUUACUAUAUAUGUGAACAUUUACUUAGGGCACACAGAUAAAUAUAAAAU